ACUCAGGAGGGAGACAACCCAAUCGCAGCGGUUCCAUAGAGGGCGAGAGACUACAAUUUCCCUGCAUCGACUGUCCCCACAACCAAUAGGGAAAGAUGGCUCGGGAUAUGUCAGACAUUGACAUCCUUAAGAUGGAGCUGGAACAGCUGAAGAAAGAGGUCUCAACGCCCAGGGAGCCUGUGUCCAAGACAUCCAAGGACAUCAUGGACUGGUGUGAGGCUGCGUCUGGUACCGACCUCCUGAUAACAGGAGUACCAGAUGAUAAGAACCCCUACAAGCCUGAGAAGGGAGGCUGCAUAAUCACCUAGCACACAGGGACACAGGGAAAAACAUCAGAUGUAUUUGUCAGUUUCAGCCUUUUCAGCACUGUAAAGAGUGGUACAUAGCUGCAGUAAGUUAGCCAUGUGUUCCCACGUGACUACCCACACGAGAGACUUCCACUAGGUUAGCCAGUUUUGGACAACACAACAUUGCACACUGACUGGGAUACGCAAAGGUCACCUCAGGAGGAGAUUUAUCCGGGGACAGUUCAGGGGAUAGGAGGGAUCAUUUGGUUACGAUGGUGUCCUUCCGUUCUCUUUGACGAUCUAUGACCCUAACCUCCUCACCUGUCAGUUAUCUCUGGCGGUUCGAGAGCUUCCAAACAGGCUCCGGAAUGUUCCAAGUGCACCCACUGACCUGGUUUUGUUUGGCUUGUAAAUAAAGUGUAUCCACUACAGCAGUU